CCGUCGCCCACAUCCGUCGCUUCACCCCGCGCAUCGAUCACAGUUCCCUCGCGCGCCGAUUUCCGAUUCCUCCACGACAACGCAGCGAUCAUGUCGGACUAUGGCGGCGGCGACGAUGACAUGCAAGAUUUUGGCGAGAACGAAUUCUUGGACGAGAACUUGAUCGACGAGGACGACAUUCCGGCAGAUGGCUACGAGAAUGACGUCGAUCCUGAUCAACCCAUGCAAGGCGAGGCAGCGCUCAACAGUACCGACUAUGCCGAUGCGAACCAGAACAACGUGGUCACCAGUGGAGACGCAGGCGGAUCCAACACUGUGAAAGCGCUGAAAAGCAAGAAGAUCGCCGACGAGAACAGGACGACUACCCCAUACAUGACCAAAUACGAGCGUGCAAGAGUUCUGGGAACGAGAGCUCUGCAAAUCAGCAUGGGAGCGCCAGUACUUGUCGAUGUUGAAUCAGAGACGGAUCCGCUUCAAAUCGCCUUAAAGGAGCUGCGCGAGAAGAAGAUUCCGUUGGUCGUACGACGAUACUUGCCUGAUGGCUACUAUGAGGAUUGGAAGACUGAGGAAUUGCUUUGAACGAUUAUGAGGACAAAAGAGCUCUGCAGCACAACUCGGCCUUCGGCGCUGCCUUUCGACGCAGCCUCAGUUUGCACCUGCGACUUACCGCGCGCCACAUUGCGAGUGGUGGGUUCGAUAUUGCAACAGAGCUCGCUUUAUCGUGAUACAAGGGACUUCUGCCCUCGAAACCACCAAUGUGCCAUCGGCAAGACACGAAUUACCAGACUGUACCCAGGCUGUGAUGGGAAUGAGAGAAUGCAGCAUGAAACAUGGCAUCACGAAUAAGGACAGAAUUCAGCCAAGGCUGCACAGGAGAGCGAUGGAGAUUCCUACUCGGAAGAGUGGACGAGAAGUUGAAGCACAAACCGAAUGCAGAAAGGACGUUGGUCGUCGGAUGGGCUUCCGCAAUAGUUCCUGGUUUGACAUCAUGCGGGGCAGAUACCCCAGAAGAACUACUGCAGCGAUUGCUUUCGCA